AUGAAAGAAAUCUUUACCAGAAAGAGAUCUAUUAGUGAGGUAAAGGUAGUUGCUUUUAAUGAAGAAUGUAGUACUAUAUUACAGAAUAAAUCUCCACCUAAACUAAAAAAUUCGGGUAGCUUUUCUAUUCCAUGUCACAUUGGUAAUCUGAUUAUUAAAAAAGCGUUAUGUGAUCUGGGUGCUAGUGUAAGUGUUAUGCCAUUAUCUGUGAGCUCUAAAUUAGAUAUGGGUAAAUUAAAAGCUACCAAUAUUACUCUACAAAUGGCCGAUCGUUCCGUUAAAUACCCUUUAGGUGAUUUAGAGGAUGUUCCUGUUAGGGUUGGUAAAUUUUGUAUACCUGUUGACUUUGUUAUUCUUGAUAUGAAGGAAGAUUUGCAAAUUCCGAGUAUUUUGGGUACACGAUUGGGGGAAGAUGAAUGGUUGGAUGGAUUUGAUUGGUUGAUUUUGAUGCAUAUUUGUUAG